AAGACAGGCUACUGAAGUCCGUCUGCUUGCUUGUGUUUGGGCCUCCACGUGCUUUUAAUUGUUUUAGCGGCAGUUAACACAGUUUCGGAAGUUUUAUUGUUUUCUCGGGCGUGAUUAGCCCAGUUACUUGCGCCGGAACUUGGCAGUCGUGCGCUUGGACCUUGGACACUACAGACUACAGGUCCAAGGGGCUCAACGUGCGAUGAUGUGCACAGCGCGAUACGCAAGGAAACGGUGCUCCGUGGAAGUGUGUGAAAGCGACACCGGCACGGCUGGCAUCUCGCUGCACCGGUUUCCCCUCGACUUUCGAAGAGACAACACAUGGCGCAAUUUCCAGCAAAAGCUCUCCAGGUUCAGCACUUGAGCAUGAGAGGAGUUCGCCAGCCUCAUCGAGCUGCACGUACUCCGGCCGCUCAGACUCGCGGAGUUCCUGACCACCAGUCUUCUGAAAUAAAUCUGUCAUGGAACGAAGUUGAUCACAGCUACGCUUUACGUCAUGGUGCUGCUCCUGCUCAAGAGUCCAGCGGGGACGUUGCUGCCAUGAAGAUUUUGGUUUCUUCACCGUCGCCUAGAGACUAUCUCUCUGGCUGCGCUGCUGAGCCUCCUUACAAAUCACCCGGCAAAAGCGGCAGCAUCGACAAGAAGGAGGUGAACACCCUGAGAACCAAGGUGCGACAGCUUCAAGAGCGUAACAAGAGGCUGAAAAGAAGGCUGCAACGGCAACGUCAGAUGAGGACUGUUGCCGAAGUCGUUGAGAGCGCCGCGUUCAUGUGUCUCCUGCUGUCGCUGCACUCUUUGAAGCCCAGCAUAGAAUGAGCAAUGUGAGCCGGUUUGGUCGGAGAUGAAUACAGCAGCAAAGUGUAAAGCUAGGCAGCAAGUGUACAGGCUACAUAUGUGAGACCACCCAGAGUACUUCUUAAAGCAGUGUGGGCAUGUUCUAUUCGAACCUUUAAUUUUCUUCG